CCUCUGAGGAUUCUGUGGUUAUACUUGCUUCUCACUCCACAGCAUGAGAGUCUCAGCUCUCCUCCUCCUGGCAGCUCUGGCUGGGGCCCUGGUCUGUGCCCAAGAUGCCUCCUCUGAUCCCACCGAGGCUACUCCGGGGACUGUGGCCACUGAACCUGAAGUGACUACAUCUCCAGCGGAAACUGUUUCACCCCAAGAGACACCCCAGGAGCCAAACAGCGCCACCACAAGUAAAGAAGAACUAAACCCACUGAAAUUCCUGGUGAGCAAAGGUAGCCUGGUAGCAGAACAUGGCUUUCAAGAAGCAAGAAAAAAACUGCGUGAAGGAAAACUUUAUGAACGUGGAGUUGAAUUAGCAGAAAAACUGAAGAAAUUCGUUCCCAGUUCCUUUCUUCUAAGUUGAGUCUAAGAAUUUGAAAAGAACGGGGCCCCUGGACUCAAAGCCUUAAACAUGCUUGCAGCCCAGAACGAUUAAACUGAAGCAUCCAA